AUGAACUUGCUGCUACAGGACCCCUUUCAAGUACUGAAGGAAUACCCAGAGAGACUGAUACACACUAUUAAUGGGCCCGUCAAGACUACUACAAUUGCAUUCUCCCACAAUGGCGACUACUUAGCAACAGGCUGUCUCGACGGUACUAUUAUCAUAUACGAUAUGGACACAAUGAAACCAGCCACGGUGCUGAGCGCUCACGUCAGAGCGAUCCAAUGGCUGCAAUGGAGCCCCCAUGGCGAUCGAUUGUUGAGUAGCAGCAGGGACAUGACCGUGAAAAUCUGGGAUUUAAAUUCGAUCGGCAAAAACAUCGAUAUUGUUACACCGUCUCAUGAUUUGGCAUUCAAUGGACCCGUAUGGGGCGCUCAUUGGAUCAAUGAUGGCUUGGUCGCAGUGAACAUAUUGGAAGAAUCCUUUGCUAUGCUAAUCGAUUUAAACACUGAAAGAAAAAGGUUUUUGAAGAUUGAUGAUGCCGAUGCCGAUGAUGUAGCUAUGGACCAGGGCUACGGACUAAACUGCGAAUUGUAUCCAUUGGCUCAAUAUGGUACUAUUAUUAUCACAGGCAGUUCAAAAGGCUGGAUUAAUUUCUUUAAGAUCGAGAAUUUCGAUAAUUAUGAACAUUUAUACGGCACGCGUGUUUGCUCUUCAAAUAUCAAACAUUUAUUGAUUUCUCAGAAUGGAGAACGUCUGGUCGUCAACUGUUCAGAUAGAUCGAUUAAGCAAUAUCAUCUUAAUAUGCAGCCUAUCGAAUUGACUUUGGAACAUAAAUAUCAAGACGUUAUCAACAGAUUGCAAUGGAACGAUAUCAAAUUCUCAAACCAUAACGCAGAAUACCUAGUGGCGUCUCCGCACGGUAGUUCCACCCAUGAACUGUAUUUAUGGGAAACAAGAUCCGGCUCGUUGGUCAGAGUCCUCGAAGGCGCAGAAGAAGAAUUGAUGGCAAUCGAUUGGGAUUUUAAAAAUAUGCGAAUCGCUUCAACUGGCUUGGAGACAGGCGACAUCUAUUUAUGGUCGUUGGUUAUUCAGCCUAAAUGGAGCGCUUUGGCGCCAGACUUCGAAGAAAUUGAAGAAAAUAUAGACUAUCAAGAGAAAGAAGAUGAAUUCGAUGAUGAGGAUCAAGACGUCGACGAAAACGAAAAUAAAAUAUCAUCAACAAAGGAAGAAGAUACCCCAAUAGAUUUGACGACAAUGGACCCUUGUGAUGUGAGAGGCAAUGAACAGGUCACUUCCUUCAUCUUACCGACAGAUUACCAAAGUAUUUUGAUGGUUCAAAGAUUGUAA